AUAUUGUGCUGUGUUUUUAUUUUGCGAUCAAAACAAUUUGUUUAUUUAUUGUUCAAACUGUGAAACUUAAAUGAAAAAUGUCCAUUUUAUUGGCUAAUAUUGAUGCAACGUGCGCUGCACUGGGUUACACCGAUGGAGACAAAUAUGAGGCAGAACCUGAUGCCGCCGAUAGCUUAAAGCACUUAAUUUGGAUACUGCGAAGAGAUUUGGACAACCACGAGUAUCGCCGCCAUUUGGGACGAGCAAAGGUGCUGCAGACAGAUUUGGUGUACAUGCUACCGGAUUACAUACAUCAUGAGGAAUUGUCCGAUUUGCUCAUUCGCCUACUGGUCAUCCUUACCAAUCCGACGCUGCUACUGUUCAGAGACGGACCACCGAGUGAUAAUCAUGGACGGAAAGUGUUCAUGGAGUUGAUCGACAUACUACAGGGCUACAAAGCAGCCUUUGCCAAGGACAAAAUCUGGACGUCACUUUUCGAGAAGCUCAAACGGGCAUUGGAAAUAGCCUUUGCCAUUCGCAGCGAGGAGCAGAAUUUGCUGAUUGAACGCAUCCUGGUACUGGUGCGGAAUGUCCUGCAAGUUCCGGCCAAUCCGGAGGCCGAAUGUCGGGCUGACAACGAUGCCAGUCUACAUGAUCAGAUUAUUUGGGCUCUCCAUCAAACGGGAAUGCUGGACUUGGUGCUGUUUAUAAUAUCCUCGCCGGAUGAGGAGCAGUUCCACCUGCACGGACUGGAGAUUCUCUGCUUGCUUUACAGGGAACAGAGUGCUGAAUCUUUAGCGGAUGCCUCCCUCCAGCGCAGCCUCAGUGAGAAGCAACGUGACCAGCAGGAGCUCAUGGCUGCCCGCCGCCGGGAGCGUGCCCGUCGCCAAGCUAAACCUCCGCCUGGUCGGCAUUCGCGCUUUGGCGGCACCUACGUUAUCCGCAACAUGAAGUCCGUUUCGGAUCGUGAUGUUAUAUGUCACCAGGCCCUGGAGCGGGUAUCGUCAAUUGACUUUGACCGCGAAAAGCAACAACAGAAGCGCUCGCAUCGCCACAUCAAGGAGGAGGCGCAGGUGACCCGCCGCAGCGCGUUCACCGUGAGGUUGUGCCUGCGCGAGUACUGCAUUGAGGUCCUGCGCUCCGCUUACAACACGCUGGUGCGGCAGGUGCGUCGUGUCCUGGAACGCAACGCCGGCUCGUCGAGUCACGAUGACUCCUAUCUCCUGUGGGCCAUACGAUUUUUCAUGGAGUUCAACCGUUUGAGUGGACUACAAUUGCAGUUAGUAAGCGAAUCGUUAAGCGUACAAUGCUUCCACUGGGUCCUGACGCGCAUGCAACAUGACAUGGACAUGAUUGUGAGCGACAAGAAACAGGCGCGUCUCUGGGCCAAGCGACUGCAUGUUGCUCUUUUGACAUUCCGGGAAUUGCUCCAGAGCCUGCUGGCACUGCAAAAGCUAAAGGAUGACAGCAACGCACGAGCCCUCUUCGAUAUGUUGCUGAACAACGUGUGCUAUGUCCUGGAGUAUCGAGAGACGGUGCUGCAUUUGUUAAUGAACUACAAUGAGGCGCACAGCACAAAGGUUUUUCUGCGCGAUGUGGUGGAAACGGCGAAUGUUUUCAUUAAAAUGAUGGAGCGCUUCUGCCAGGACUCCGUGGUGGUCCAGGACAAGCGACGCGGCGGGGGCAGUGGGCGCCGGAAGAAGCAGUCCUCGGCCAAGUCGAAACCUCCGGCAAUUCCACAGCCCACCGAGGAAGAAUUGUCUAGCAAAUGGGCCGAGCUGGCGACGGAAGUGUGUGCCCUUUUGGCCGCAGAACUGGAAAUACCGGAGGACGAGUUGCCGGUGCCAUUUGAUGCGGCUUCGGAGAAAUCCAUCGAUGAUCAGCGCGAGGAUUGCAUGAUUCGCAUAAAUAAGCUGCUUCGUUCUGAGAAACUGGACCAGGCCGUCGCCCUUCUACGAGCUGCCAGGGAGGUGUGGCCGGAGAACGAAGUGUUCGGUGCAAUUUCCGCCGCACCGGAAGACGAGCUGCUGCUAUUGCGUGAGAUUUUCAUGCACAACAUUACAACAGUUGAGCCCCAGGAAACGGAGAACGGCAACGAGGACGAGCAGGACGACGACGAGGAAGAUGAUGAGUUGGAAAACGAGGAGUUCGGGGACCAGGAUAAUGGACUGACCGAGAAAACGUUCAAAUUUGAUGAUUUCGCUCGCAGAUUGCUGCAUCCGAAAAUUGUUCGUGCGUGUACCGUGGUGCUGACGGACUGGUCCAGUAUACCCACUCGAUCCUUGAAGGCGGCCGUCACCAUUCUCCAUCGGAUCGCCUACGGUUGCAAAUGCUCCGGGAUGCUGUUUCAGGCCAAGCUGUUUCGCAUCUUUCAACAAGUCUUCAGCGUGGAACGUGACGCCCAUCAGGAGGAGCUACGUCGCCUGGCCAUCUUUGUAGUGCGCAAAUUUGUCGAGGUGGCCCCGUCUAAUCCCAAAAUCUAUGCAGAGUUAUUAUUUUACAAAGGCAUCAGGGAGGCAAAUGAGCUGGAGACGGGCUAUUGUGAUGCCUACGAAGCCGGCACCAAAGGCACUUGGACCGAGGAGCAGGAGUCGGAGCUGCGCUUCCUGUUCGAGGAGAACCAGCGCAAUCCCGAAACCGACAAGGAUGUGAUUGAUUGGAUUCUCGACAAUUUGGCCGACAAGACGCGCACUCGUCGGGGUAUUCUGAAGAAGCUAAAGGAAAUGGGCCUGCUGUUCAAGGCACCCACCAAACGGUCAACCAAGUCGGCCCUGGGCGGCAAAAACCUCUGGCAGCCGGAAGAGGAUGAGGAGCUAAGGAGCUUAUAUGAUCAGCAUCGCACCGAGCCGGAUUGCUUGGAUCGUAUAGUUGACGAGUUCGAGGAGCGGCGCUCCAAGCAGCAGAUCAUCAAGCGCAUGCUGCAGAUUCAUCUCAUUGCGGAUAAGUCCGAAAUACUUCCCCCCAAAUCUAGCAAGGGGCGUGGCAAGGGCAAGGCCAAGAAGCAGGCAGAAAGUGGCAGUGAUUUUGAUGACAUGAUGGAGGAGCCAAUGGAAGAAUUCGAGGGCGAGCCUGGCUACAGACCAAAAGCCAUCCGGAAGCCCACCAAAAAGAGUAAGAACAAACCCAAACAGAAGAAGCGGCAGGUGGUGCGGACCCCGUUGGAUGUGGACACGGUGAAAGCCCUACUCGGCCAGGUGGAUGCGGAGAAAUUCAAGUCGGCCGUUGAAUGGCUGCAGGAAUGCUUGCAGGAUGCCAGCGAGGACAUGGAGGAGCCUGGCGAGGAGGAUGAUGGUGUGCCUUUGCUGGCACUGAUGGACGAUCAGAGGGAUGCCCUCGAGGAUGGCGAUUUUCAGAAGGUUCUGGUCGCACUUGGUAUGCAGCCACCGAUUGCGGGAAUGGAGAACUAUUGGCGUAUACCGACCCAUCUAAAUGCCACCGACUUGAAGAUUCGUUCAAAAAUUUUAGCCGGUGAAGAUGUGGAUGUAGAAGCGGCUGAGGAGGUUGCCGAAGAAGUAGAGGAGGAUGAUGAUGAGGAAGAGGAUGAUGAGGAGGAAAAUGAGGAUGACCAGGAGGACAGUGAGGAAGAAGAUUUCCUGGAGAAGCAAAGCCGGCAACGCCAAGAGAACAUUGCCGCCGAGCAGCAGCGAAAACUGGACAGCAUAAUGUUCAGCAAAAGUGAUGACGAAACCGAGCAGCGUGCUCCUCCCAAAGCCAAGGCCAAAAACAAAGAGAAGAAGGCCAAAAAGCAGGCCAAAACCAAGGCCAAAAAGCCCCAGGACUCUGAUGCCAGCGAUGGGGAGCGAGAGAAACCCAACACGACUGAUUUAUUUGACCAAUUGAAAGCAAAGCGAGCCACUAAAAUCAAGCUGGGCGAUAUGGUUCUAAAUGAGUCAACAAAGACCGCUCAAGAGGCGGAAGAUGAUGCAUUUAACUUCAACUCGGAGGACUAUCGAGCUCGUCUCCUGGAACUGGAGGGCGAGGAGGGUGAUAGAAAGGAUGCUGGCGGAGAUGGCGAUUUCGAUGAGGAGGAACAGAACAAAGAGAACACAACCAACAAGUCCUUGCAGCAGCAGCAGACACCGCGUGCACGUCGCGUUAAUGUAAUUGACUCGGAUAGCGACAACGAUGAUAAUGAUGAUGAUGAUGCCGCUGGUGGCGCCUUGCCUGCUGACAAGACAAACAAACGCCCACGAAGCGAGGAGGAUGAUGCCGACCAGGACCAGGAUGAUGACAGCGACGAGGAGGCCAACUUUCUGGCUCGCAAAAAGCCAGCCAAAGUCGAUGAAGAGCCGGCCAAACGGCGACGACUGGCCAUCAUCGAUGACGAUGACGAGGAUGAUUUUUAAUGCACUCGGGUCCAUUCUGAUCCUGAUUUUAUAGCUCUCCGGAGCAAGGGUCGUUCGAAUAAAUGUAACUUUUAAUUUGCA